AUGCAUUUCAGAUCUUCAUCUCAAGGUUCUAGUCCACAGAUUGAAAUUCUGCAAUCAGAACGUACACUACUUACAACUCCUGUGACUCAGAGUGCGUUGUUUAAGACAUUUACAGAAAUGGCAAAAGCAAAGGCAUUUUCAAACUCAAUUUAGAGAAUUCCAUCUCCUCGAGCUAGAUUAACACUGUAACUCACUCACAACAAAGCACAACGAGAAUAAAUUAUAUCAUAAUUGACAGAAAGACAUUAAGAAGUUAUUGGUAAUGCUCUAAUUAAUGGGAAUUAAAAAAAAUAAAAAAUUCGAAUUGUAUAAAAAUAAAAAAGGAGAGAUCACUCACCUAAGAAACCCGUAAACUUAAAAGAAGGAGCGAAAGUUUAUCAAAUGCCAAAUUUGGAAAUGCCUACAUUUGAAGCAGAAUUCGAUCAUCCUACUGAAUUGACCUUUUAUAGUGAAAUCUAGGAAUUCUAUAGGAGUGUAAAGUCAUUUAGACCCUCAUUUACCGAAAGCGGCACCAUGAUAUUCUAUGGAGACUCACUAUAUUUAUAUGGUGGCAUAGCAGGUGACGGCAUAAGAGAUGAAAUGCUACGAUUUGAUUUAAGUAAAAAUUUCAAUUAACUAGGAUAUUAGGAAUGGUAUAUGGUUGAAGGUUUAGGUGAAAAGCCAAAAAAUGGUAGAGCUGCUCACACUUUGAUCUCAAUGAGAAACCACUUUAUAUUGUUUGGAGGAGCUUGUAAAUUCAAUGUAAAGUUGAAGAUCAGAGAAUGUUUCAAUACAGUUUAUGAUUAUAAUGUCACGAUGAGAUUUUGGGAGAAAAUAAACACACAAGGAGAUUACAUAGAACCACGUAGACAUCACAAAGCAUGUGUUUAUGGGUGGAAAUGGAUGUUGAUUUAUGGUGGUAUUAACAGCAACGAGCAAGUAUUGAGUGAUACAGCUCUGUACAACAUUGAAAAGAUGAUUUGGAAAUAGUGGGAUGUCAAAUCAACUCCAAUUUGUUGUCAUUCCAUAAUCAAUAUCUCAUUGUCAACCAAAUUCAAUGAUAACACAACUGAUUUAAUUCCAGCUGAAAUCAUAUAUUCCUUUGGUGGAAAAGAUUAAACAGGAAACUCUACUAACUUUAUUAAGAAACUCUUAUUUUACCCUAAUACUACGACUGCCAUCGCCUGGGAAACCAUUCAAGCAGGAGGCAAACCUCCUUUGCCUUGUCAUAAUCACACUAUGGAGUACAUUAAAAAGAUACAAGGAAUCAUCAUCUUAGGAGGAUAGAGAGAUGAUUUAAUUAAUGGUUCUUUGGAAUCAAACUAAUGUUUUAUUUUCUAUCCUCAGUUAAAUUUGUGGUAAGAAGUAUAGAUGGAAGGUAAUAAUCUCCCUAGAUGUGCUCACACUUCGGUGUUAUUGAGUUCUAAAAUUGCUGUUUUUGGAGGAAUUGGGAAUGGAAGGUACUUAGAACCUUUGAUCAACUAUAUAGAGACAGAUUAGACAUAGGUUUCAUCCAAAAUUACAAAAGAAUAAUUUAAUAAAAGAUAAACUUAAUAUUUAUUGAUAAAAUAAAAGUCAAGUCUAGAUAGGAUUGAAUCUCUGAAUUUCACUCCUAAAUAACUUCCAUCUUUUCAUAAUGAUAGUUACAAAGGGUUGGGAUUUAAAAUACACACUAAAAAACUCUAAAGUUAUUCAACUAAAUCAUUUCAACCCCAAAAAAGACAAGCCUUAAUUAGAUAUGAUAUUUUGAUUGGUUUUGUGAGCAGAGUAAUUGAAGAUAAUAAAGAUAUAUUAAAUAACUUUGAUAAAUUCAUGAGAAGAUAAUCAAUAAAAUGA